ACCUCAUUCAGCAGAGCAUGCUGGGAGAGGGGCUUCAGGCGGAGCUGCAGGACGAGGCGGGGCUCGAGGGGAGACAGGCGGCCGGGCCGCCGGUGGACCUGCGGCAGACCACGCGCGUGGCUCUCAUCGGGUUCUGUUUCCACGCCAACUUUAACUACCGCUGGCUGGGCGCCCUGGAGAGGGCGCUGCCGGGGGGCGGGGCUGGCAGGGUGGCGGUGAAAGUCGCCGUCGACCAGAUCGUGGCGGCGCCUGUAACCAUCAGCGUGUUUUACACCGGGCUCAGUGUGCUGGAGGGGAAAGAUGACCCGUUUGAAGAUCUCAGACAGAAGUUCUGGACCUCCUACACGGCUGGACUGCUAUACUGGUCUUCAGUGCAGUAUGGAAGAAGAAAAUGAGGACCAAGACAAGAACCGUCCUGUGUCCAGCUCUGGGUCCAACUCAGUGUCCAGUCCAGUGUUCAUCCAGGUGCCCACCCUAGUUUCCAGUGCCGUGCCCAGAGGCCGUGAUGAGCCUCCAGGAUCUGUGAUGAGCCUCCAGGAUCUGUGAUGAACCUCCAGGACUGUGAUGAGCCUCCAGGAUCUGUGAUGAACCUCCAGGACUGUGAUGAGC